GGUCUUUUGACCAAGGCGGGGUUAUUAGGGCACUAUCGACGGCAAAAUGGACACACAUGGCGUUUUAGGGCCUGCCAGGGAACGUACAUAUGAGCGACCUUGUUGUGGGCUCUGUCCGGGCUUUGGAUGGCAUCGACGAAUACGGAGGACGGAGUAUGUACAACGUACAUACGCAUACUGUCGGAUUAUGGGCGAGUAUGUAUGUUGUAUGUUCAUGUUGUAAGUGGAAGAGACCCGAGGGCACGGACGAGACGGGAAGUCCAAGGCAGAGCGGAGAGCGAGCCCGACACGCAGAAAGAGACAGAAAGAGACAGGGAGGGGGGAGAGACGGCUUUUAGCGGAGUCGUUACCGGGGGGGCCAAAUGCCUAGAGCCUGGGGAAGCAUGGGAGACCCGGGGAGGUCUGGGGAUGCCUGGGAAUGCCGGCGGGAAGAUCUUUCAACAAACAAGGAGUCAUAUAAUUCUCGUAUUAUAUCCCAUAUUAUAUCCCAUCCCUUCCUCCGUCUUCCCUCUUCCAUCAAAUCUUUUUCCCCCGCCUGGUGAACGCCCCCCCCGGCACUUAAUUACUUCACAAAUCUUUAUGUGAUGCAUGUCUGAUGACCGGGAUAUACGAGUCAAGCUGUCAAUCUCCCAUGCUUCCUUUCUCAGUCACACUCUGUUUUCCCUGCCAGUCGCAUAAGGCUUGAAGUUGAAGGGACUUGGCUCACGUUCCGACCUCUCGCUUCUCGUCUCGGGCUUUGAUUUCCUCGAUUCAAUCAAUUCCAUAUCCAGCCUCGGCUCAAACCAUCUGACCUGUGCUUCUUCUGUUGGUUGAGGUUCCCCCUCCGCCCGGCCAGCGAACGCGAACAACGACACGACGGUUCGAGCCCCGUGUCUUUAGGCUCGUGCCC